CUUGUAUCCGCCUUACGAACAGCUCGCAAACGGCGAAGUACUUUUUUUUUUUUUUUUUUUUUUUUUAAUCCAUAACCGUAAAGCAGUACUAUGCAGCAUGUGGAUCCAAUAGCUCAAUAACCACCUGUGCCAGUGGGUGGAAUUGGAGAUGAGGGACGACGGCCGCAAAGGUGAACUCGUCAGCCCCUCUUUAGUCAGGCCCAGCAUCACCCAGAAUUCGAUCAAUUUGAAUGGGCAUACGGCAAACAGCCUAAACCACACGACCGCCGGAUCACAGCUCGAGUCUCCAACUCCGAGUCCAGAACCCGUCUCGAACGCGACCAUCUCCAGGGGUCAUUGGGGCGGGAAGUACGAGUUCCUGCUUUCUUGCCUCGGAUACUGCGUGGGUUUAGGGAAUGUGUGGCGGUUCCCUUACCUUUGCUAUCGCAAUGGAGGAGGUGUUUUUCUUAUCCCCUAUUUCAUCAUGCUCUUUGUUACGGGCGUUCCGCUCUUCCUCAUGGAGCUGUGUCUCGGCCAGUACGGAGCAGCCGGCCCGGUCACCGUAUGGAAAUGCUGCCCUCUGCUUAAAGGUAUCGGCAUUGGCAUGCUGUGCGUGGCUGUGCUGGUGUCUCUUUACUACAACGUCAUUAUGGCGUGGACGUUUUAUUACCUGGGCAGCUCGUUCCAAUAUCCGUUGCCUUGGUCAUGCGACGCCGUCGCCAACGCUGCCAUCUGCAACGGCUCCAGUGGGCAAAGUCUCAGCCCCUCGGAGAUCUUCUGGAAUGAGCGUGUGCUGGGUGUGGUGAACAGCGCGGGCCUUCAUGACCCAGGUCCAGUCCGCUGGCCUCUGGCCCUGUGCCUCCUGGCUGCCUGGGUCAUCGUCUUCUUGUGUAUGCUGAAGGGCAUCCACAGCGCUGGCAAGGUGGUUUAUGUCACGGCUACAUUCCCGUACUUGAUCCUGCUAGUUUUGAUCAUAAGAGGUGCUACUCUCCAAGGCUCUCUUCAGGGCAUCGCUUUUUACCUCACGCCCGACUGGAGACGAUUAACCAGCGCGCAGGUUUGGAAUGAUGCAGCUUCACAGAUCUUCUACUCGUUGGGUAUCGGGAUUGGAGGAGUGCUUUCCAUGGCCUCCUAUAAUAAGUUUGACAACAAUGUCAUCAGAGACACGAUCAUUAUCACCACUGGAAACUGCCUCACAAGCUUUUUUGCAGGUUUUGCUAUAUUUUCAGUUCUGGGCCACAUGGCGUGGAGGAGAGGGGUGCCGGUUGAAAACGUGGCAGUUUCCGGUCCUGGAUUAGCAUUUGUUGCUUACCCGGAGGCCCUCGCUCUUCUGCCAGGCUCAGCGUUCUGGUCCGUGCUCUUCUUCCUGAUGCUUUUCAUGCUGGGGAUUGACACGCUUUUUGGCAACAUCGAGGGCAUAACCACUGCGGUACUGGAUGAGUUUCCACAACUGCGGAGGAACACCAAGCACAAGUCGUUGUUUCUUGCCGUGCUUUGCAGUUGCCUCUACCUGAUGGGUCUUCUCUUAGUAACUGAUGGGGGAAUUUACUGGUUCACUCUCAUUGACUCCUUCAGCACUAGUUUUGGUCUCAUCAUCCUCACCCUCUUCAUGUGCCUUGGCAUCUCCUUCGUCUAUGGAGUCAACCAGUUUUGCCAGGACAUCAUCGACAUGAUCCGUUAUUGCCCUCCCUGGUGCACCAAAGUUUUGUUGUACUUCAAAGCAUGCUGGGUAUUCUUCACGCCGUUUCUUCUUUUGUUUAUCCUGACCUACAUCUUCAUUGAGAUGUACAGCACGUCUCUCCAUUACGGCAGCUACGUGUAUCCUCGCUGGGGCAAAGCGUUGGGGGUGUGCAUGGCUACGACGUGCUGUCUGCAGAUCCUCAUUUGGGCCAUUGUAGCCAUCUGCAAGGAAACUGGAACACUGAAAGAACGUUUCCACAAAUCAAUUCAACCACUGAACUCCUGGCGGUCAAACGUCGCAGGGGGAGUGGGGGGGAAUGUGGCUGCCGAAAGGGUGGAGGAUCUUUUCUCAGUCACUCUCACUGACAUGGACUUUACUGCGAUGACAUGGGAGGAAGGGAGACCGUUUUGACGACAUGAGGAACCACUCAGAGGGGAGCAGAUAUUUGUUUUUAUAAUGAACUUAAAAUAUUAUGACUUAAUUUUCUUUAGGUUGGGAUAAAACCCGUCACCAUAUUUUAUCACGCAAAAUUAUUGCUAGAUAAUGCUGCUUUAUUUAUCACUUAUCUUUUUAAAUUGUUUCAAUGUUUUCUCAAAGUGGACUGUUAACACCUCAAAUUUAAACUGAAUAGCUUAAAUAAAAUGCCAAAUGAUGUUUAUUUUACAAUAGUAUCUAGUUUAUUGCAGACUUACACAAUUCACAGGGCCAAUUGUCAGUAAAGAUUCUUGACUUCUUAUUGUAAAGUAUAUUCCGUCAGUCAUUUAAACAUAGCUGUAUACUGUGUAUUUAAAUUGUUUUUAAUAUAAGGAUGGAAAUUGGUUUUUAUUCUGUGUGCUGUUUUUUUCAUUUUUUUUCAUUUAAUAUCCCUGUAAAGACACCUUAUCUGGUAUGAGGUAAGUUGAAUAAAAUUGACUUUUUAAAUCGUU